AAUGAUCUAACUAUGAACGUCAGAAAUAAUUGUAAAUUAUAUGCAGAUGACACAAAAAUUAUUAAAUUACUAGAAAAUAAUAAAAUUAAAACUAAUUUACAGAAUGAUUUGAAUGAAAUGUUUAAUUGGUCAGACAAGUGGUAUGGGAAAUUCAAUACUGAAAAAUAUAAAAUAAAGCCUAUUGCUUGGAAUAACUCUAGUUUUGUUUACUAUAUAAAAAACAAAUUAAAUGAAACUGAACUUGAAAAAGACUUGGUUAUUUGUGUGUCAAAUAAUCUGAAAUGGAUGGAACAUGUCUGUUAUGCAGUUGGGAAAGCAAACAGAAAACUAAGCAUGACUAGGAAAUCUUUUCUAUUUCCAGACGAAAAAUCACUAAAAUUACUUUAUACAUCUCUAGUAAGACUGCACCUGGAGUAUGCGGCUACAGUCUGGAAUCCAUAUCUAACAGGAGAAAAAAAAAGUUAG